UUUCGCCUUUUUUUCGUCGCAUCUGCAAAGUCAUCACUUUGAAAAAUUGUCUGAUCAUGCCCGCGUCGUUAUCCUGCUGCAGAAGAUCUCCACCGUCCGUUGACCGUGUCCUUCCCCUCAUCCAACGGCUUCAGAUCCACGGAUUCGCUUCUCUGUCGUCGUCGCCGCCGCCGCCGCCGGAAUCCUCUUCUUCGUCGAGUGUCCUUCCCCGCGCCGGCCGGUCGAAGCGCGGUGGUUCCGUCAGCUCCCUUGCUAAAUGGAUCACCGGAAUUGCCGCCGGUUCCGGAUUAGGGGCUCUGUAUCGUUCCUAUGAAUCUGAUUCGAGCUCUGGCUUGUUCGGUGAAAAUACGUUUCUGUCCUUCUCUGGCUUCUUGUCGGCGUCUGAAGACGAUGAAGCGACGGCGGAUGAUCUUGGAUCGAGAUCGUUCUUUCAGAAAUUGGCGUUGCCUGAUUACAGCUCUGGAUUUAUCCUCGGAGAUGCUUAUAGGAGGAAAAUCUUUUUCAACUACGAGAAGCGUUUGAGAUUGCAAAGUCCGCCCGAAAAGGUAUUUGAGUACUUUGCAUCCAUUAGAACACCAGACGGGGAAUUGCUCAUGAAACCUGCAGAUUUGAUGAGGGCGGUUGUUCCUGUGUUUCCCCCAUCAGAAUCCCAUCUGGUAAGAGAGGGUUAUUUGAAUGGGGAGAGGAAUCCUGGAGAAUUACGAUGUUCUCCUUCCGAGUUCUUCAUGCUGUUUGAUGUGGACAAUGAUGGCCUUAUAUCUUUCAAAGAGUACAUAUUUUUCGUGACAUUACUCAGCAUGCCUGAAUCGAGCUUUUCCGUGGCUUUCAAAAUGUUUGAUAUCGACAAUAACGGGGAGAUCGACAAGGAUGAAUUCAAGAAAGUAAUGAGUUUGAUGCGAUCUCAGCAUAGACAAGGAGUUUUCCACAGAGACGGUCUUCGCACAGGAUUUAAGGUAUCUGGUUCUGUCGAGAAUGGUGGUUUGGUAGAGUACUUCUUCGGAAAAGAUGGCAACCAAAAACUCAAACAUGACAAAUUCGUUCAAUUUAUGAGAGAUCUAACCGAUGAAAUGCUCAGACUGGAGUUUGCACAUUAUGAUUACAAAGGAAGAGGAACCAUAUCGGCCAAAGAUUUUGCAUUGUCAAUGGUUGCUGCCGCUGAUGCGAGCCACCUGAGCAAACUGCUCGAUCGAGUUGACGAACUGCACGUCCACCCACAUCUUCGGGACAUCCGUAUAUCUCUGGAGGAUUUCAAACAGUUUGCCGAGUUAAGGAGAAAACUCGGGCCGUUUUCUCUGGCCCUUUUCGCGUGUGGGCAAGCCAAUGGGUUAUUGACAAUGAAAGACUUCAAACGAGCUGCUUCUCAUGUAUGCGACAUAUCAUUGUCAGACAAUGUGAUCGAGAUCGCGUUCUACGUGUUCGAUUCGAACCGGGACGGGAACUUGAGCGUGGACGAGUUCCUGCGAGUUUUACACCAGAGAGAGAGGGACAUAUCACAACCGGUCACGAGGGGAUUGUUUCAGUUUAUGUCCGGGGGACCGAACGGUUCAAAGAAUUGCUCUCUCGGCUCGCUCUUUUCGUGAAUAAUUCCUCGGGUCUUAGCACGGAACAGCGGAGAAGACAAAGAGGGAGAAGGCGGAAUAAGCGAAGAAAGGUGAAAUGUAUUUCUGCUUCUUCCACGGAACUCUUCUUGACGCGUUUGUUUGAUCACGGGGCUUGGUGGUGAAACUUGAACGGUGCUUCUUUUUCUCUUCUUAUAUUCGUUAUGAAUGAGCCUGGAGAUUGCCUCUGUGGAUUUGAAGGGGAAAAAAAAAAGAGGGUAUCGUGAUGGUCUUUAUUAUAAAAAAAAAAAGAUGAUGUAGAAAUGGGGAUGUUUAAGUAAUUAACUGUGUAGUGUAUAUGGAACUGCUGCUAUGUAUGUGUGUGUGUAUAUAUAUAUAUGACCUUACGAACUUGUCGAGUUGGUACGAGAGAGAAUCUUUUUAUUCUUCA